AUAUAUUUUAUAUUUAUUAAAUUAUAUUGAUAGUAGCUGAGCUCCUUUGCGCAGUACUUUUUGCAACAAUUAAGACUGAAUUAUAUAUAGAUUAGAUAUUGUCCAACCGAAGAUCAAUUUCUUGCUCGAAGUCGAAGCCGAAGCAGAAGCCGAAGCAGAAGCCGCAGCAGAGGGUGCGGCCAGACUAUAUAGAUACUAUUAUUAACUUUGCUGCAUGAACGAUGACAUCAUGCAAACGUAUAAGAAUGAUAAUUCCAAUGUGACCGUCAGUCGGUCGUCGAGUCUCGACGAGUUAAGUUGUAUCAGUAUACAAGUACGAGAGUUGAUUUAGGUGUUAUCAAAACACGUAAUACAUGUAUAAUAUAGUUUAAUAAAAUCAUUUCUUGUUUCAAUAUGAUAUAUGUAAUUGUUUUGACGGUGAUAGCAGCUACUCUCUAUCUUUAUUUCUUGAAGAAUUCGAAUUGUUUUAAAAAACAUGGCAUACCGUAUAAAACACCAUUUCCCAUGUUUGGAAAUAUGGGAUCAUCGAUCUUCGGUCUUGAAUCGUUUAUUGAUUUAAUCAAGAAAAUUUACAAUUUACAUCCUGAGGCUAAGUACGUCGGUAUGUUUGAUUUGGCCGGACCAAUUACAGUACUCCGUGAUCCAGAUCUUAUUAAAUCUAUCUUGUUAAAAAAUUUCGACUUAUUCCCGGAUCAUCGCACCAUGAUCGAGGAACAUCAAGAUCCGUUAUUCGGCAAAAAUCUUUUUGCCCUAAAAGGAGAAAGAUGGCGGCAAGUACGGCCUUUACUGAGUCCAGCUUUCACGUCCAGUAAGAUGAAAAGUAUGUUUAAAUUGAUGUCGGAUUAUGCCACCGAAUUUAGUAAUUACUUGACACAAAUGUCAGUAGAAAAAAGAAUAAUGGAUACAAAGGAUAUCUUUACGAGAUAUACAAAUGAUGUUAUAGCUACUUGCGCUUUUGGUAUCAGUGUCGAUUCUAUGAGAAAUCAGAAGAAUGAAUUUUAUCUUUCUGGCAAGGAAGGAACCACUUUCAAUAGUAUUACUUUUCUGAAAAUAUUUGUAUAUAGAAGCUUGCCUUGGCUGGCAAAAAUUUUUAAAUUGAGACUGUUGCGCCCACAGAUAGCAGAUUAUUUUCGAAAUCUUAUAGAAACCACCAUAAAAAUUAGGGACGAAAAGGGUAUCGUACGUCCGGACAUGCUGCAACUUAUGAUGGAUUCCAGAGGUACGGAGGACAAAGGACUGUCUGCAGAAGAUAUGUUAUGUCAAGCGUUAAUUUUUUUCUUUGGCGGCUUCGAAAGCACUUCGAAUUUAAUGUGUUUCGCUGCUCACGAAAUCGCGGUGAAUCAGGAAAUACAAAAAAAACUUCAACAUGAAAUCGAUCAGGUCUUGGAAGAAUCAAAUGGAGAAGCACCAUACGAAAUGGUUAAUAACAUGGAAUAUUUGGAUGCCGUAAUUAACGAAGCUCUCAGAAUGUAUCCGGUUACUCCAUUUACGGACAGAGUAUGCGUGAAGGAAUUUGAAUUGCCUCCGACAUUGCCAGGAAUAAAGCCCUUUACUAUAAAAAAAGGAGAAGCUGUAUGGAUACCGGUUUACGGACUUCAUCAUGAUCCACAAUAUUUUGAAGAGCCGGAAAAGUUCGAUCCCGAACGUUUUCUUGGCGAGCGAAAGAAAAAGAUUCUGAAUUCCGGAGCCUAUCUUCCAUUUGGACUUGGUCCCAGGAUGUGCAUUGGUAAUAGAUUCGCUUUAAUGGAGACAAAAGUUUUGCUAUUUCAUUUAUUGGCACGUUGCGAUUUGGAAGUUUGCGCAAAAACACAGAUACCGAUCAAGAUCGCUAAAAAAUUUAAUAUGCAACCCGAAGGUGGUUUCUGGCUGAAUGUGUCACCAAGGAAAACUAUUCAUCAUACUGUUGCUACUAAGGCUGUCAAUGAAACACGUUUAUAAAGUAAACAGAGAGGAAACAAUAAAAUCCGACGGAAAGAAUUUUUUGUGAUUUUAAAAUAAGAAGAUAUGUUUCCUCAGAUGACAUAUGCAAAUUCAUAUCUCAUAAACGUGAUAAUCUAGAUCCUGUUUUAUAGCCUUCAAUUUAAUUCCAAGGAGUCUUCUGGAGCUAGAGAAAUUCAAGCCUGAGAGAUUCGUGGAUGAAAACAGAAGAAAAAAGUGUAAUCUUAAUGAUUAUUAUUCAUAUAGAUUAGGCUAGAGAAUGCAUCGGCAACAAAUUUGCAUUGCUGGAGACAAAAGUUUUGCUCGAUUCAUCUGCUGAAUUGAGUACGUGCGAAGAUUUUGAUGGAGUUAAAACAAGAAUAAAGCAUAUAUUCUCUAUGCAAAUCGAAGGAGUUUUCAAGUAGACAAGUUGUAAAAUAAUUGAAGGGUAACAUUAUUUCAAAAACUAUUAUAUAAGUAUCUGAAAAUGAGAAAUGAAUAUAUUUUGUUUUUAUUAA